AUGGCAGCACAAGGUCAGCCAAUAUCAAAGGAUGUUCUCGCUGCUGGCAAAUAUCUACGAAGCUCUGAUUCCAAACUGAAGAACAAAGAAGGCAUUUUGAAUGGAAGGAGGAUAUACUUCUUCAAAGGAAAAUCGGCAGUCAAUGCUCUACUCAGACCAAACUACUCAAAAACACGAAACCCAUCACUCAACGACGACAAAUCCAGUGCCGAAUCCCUUUUAACCCAACUCAUGGCAUCUGGCCUCAUACUACGAGCUGAACGACCACCUCAUCAACGUAUAUUGACAAUCCACACACAACAAGUCUUUCAACAAGACGCCUACUAUGUCUGGAUGUGGGAUCCUCCAUCCAUACGAAACACUCUAUUAGGAAUCGGUAUCGUACUCGUCAUAUUCGCUGGUGUACUCUUCCCUAUAUGGCCUCCUACAAUGCGAAUGGGUGUAUACUAUCUCUCACUCCUGUCAAUUGGUCUGGUUGGUCUCUUCUUUGCCCUGGCUAUCGUGCGUCUCAUGUUGUGGGCUCUAUUAGCCAUAACAACUGGUCGUGGUGGCUGGCUCUUCCCAAAUCUGUUUGCUGAUGUAGGAGUUAUAGAGUCCUUUGUACCUGCUUGGGCUUGGGAUGAGAAGAAGGCCAAGAAGGAUAAGCACUCGAAAAAGAAACGUGAUGAGAAGGCUUCCGGAAGUGAUGGUGAUACGAGCGGGAAAGCAGGUGCUGCAACUGCUGAUGAUGAUGACUGA